AUGUGGUCAAUUUUCAUUGUAUUUCUCGCCUUUUCUGGAAAAUCCUUGUCUGGAAGUGAGUUCAGAGCGUCCAAUCGGCCUCACAUUAUUAUCCUGAUGGCCGAUGACAUGGGCUUCAAUGAUGUGAGCUUUAGAAGGACAUCGAGAAUUCACACGCCAAAUAUCGAUGCUUUGGCAUAUCAAGGAUUGAUCCUCAAUAAACACUAUGUUCCAUACACUUGCACUCCUUCGAGGGCAGCUCUGCUCAGUGGAUUGAAUCCAGUUCACACUGGAUUGCAGAACUUUGUAAUUGACUCGUGUCAGCCACAAGGACUUCCCCUGGAUAUCAUCCUUUUGCCUCAGUAUCUCAAAGAAGUCGGCUACAGAACACACCUUGUAGGAAAAUGGCACGUGGGACAUUCAAGAAAGGCUUUCACACCAACUGAGAGAGGCUUCGACAGCUUCUUCGGAUUCUACACCGGAGCUUUUGACUACUUCGACCACACAGAUCGAGCUUCAGGCUCCACUAUAGUCAGAGGAUAUGACUUUAGGAGGAACGAAGAAGUGACUUAUGAAGGCCAUGGACAAUACUCAACGUAUCUCUUCACCAAUGAGUCAUUGAGGAUAAUAAGGGAGCACAAUCCCAAAGAAUCACUCUUCCUAAUGGUUACUUACAAUGCUCCUCAUGCAUCAGACGGAGAUGUGCCGCUGGAAGCGCCACAGGAAGAGAUUGAUAAGAUCACUUACAUAAGUGAUCCUAAUCUGAGAAUCCACGCUGCAAUGGUGAAUGUUCUGGACACAGGCAUUGGCCAAGUGAUAAGAGAACUCAGUCGGAAGAAUAUGCUAAGAAAUUCUGUGAUUCUCUUCUAUUCGGACAAUGGAGCUCCUGUUGCAGGAUUGUACACAACAGGAGGAUCAAAUUAUCCACUAAGAGGGCAAAAACACAGUCCUUGGGAAGGAGGAAUUAGAGUUCCUGCGAUCAUUUGGAGUCCAGCAAUGAAAAUUCGCCAUGGCGUGUCUAAUCAAUUGAUUCACAACACUGAUUGGUUGCCAACAUUCUUAGCUUUGGCUGGAAUUCGACCCAGAAGUAAACUUGAUGGAUUCAACAUGUGGCCGACAUUGGCGAAGGGUUUUUCAAGUCCAAGAGAUGAAGUGAUUCACAACAUUGAUCCCAUUGACCAAAUGGUCUCUGUAUAUUACAGAGGAUGGAAGUACAUUAAUGGAACGAUUAACAGUCAAUACGACACUUGGUUGAGUUCUUCAUCCAAUGGCAAGGAUGAAUUCGGGGUGAAAUACACAGAAAGUGUAAUGAAAAGCGUUGCGUGGAAAGCUCUGACACCGUUUGCCACGCAAUUCGUCACCAGCAAGACCAUUAGAAGGAUUAGAAAGUUGACAGAAAUCUAUUGCCAACCUAGAAUACCUUAUGCAACUGAAUGCAAACCUCUAGAAGCGCCUUGUUUGUUCAAGAUCACAGAAGAUCCUUGUGAAAUGAACAACUUGGCUCAAGUUUAUCCAUUUCAAACUUACGUUAUGCAAAUUAUGGUCAAGAAAUGGUCCAGUAGAGUCGUGUAUCCAAUCAACCAACCCAGUGAUUUCGCUGGCUGCGAUCCUAGAAAUCACAAUGGAACCUUCACUUGGUGGCUUGACUUUCCGCAAGAAAGUCAGAAAGUGAUAUAG